AUGUUAGUCCAUAGUAGGCCCCUCCACCCUAACAAACCAAAUCAACAACUAAUUUUCCAGACCUACCCACUCAAAGUCUACCGCCACCGCUUGAACACCGGACACCCGAACCCAUUCGAUAACGAUUACCAUCCGGGUGAUCCAGAGAAGAGUGACGUCAGUUCUGAUGAGGACUUCAAUCCAUCGGAUCCAAAACCUCAUCGAAAUGUUAAGUUUUCUGCGGAGCAAAAGGCUCGGAGAAUUGAAAAGAUAAGAAAGAAAAAGGAGAAGGAUAUCGAGAGAUUCGGAAGAGAAGUAGACGAAGUUGAGGUUGAAGAAAUGAUAUAUUGGGACGAGAGAGAAGUGAUUCCCGGUUAUCAUGGCACAGGGGAAGGCGAGGAGCAUGAAGAAGGAAUCACGGAAAACAGGGAUGAGGAAGAUGGAGUACUUGGAGACGUUGAGGAUCUUCAGGAGGAUUUUGGUGAUUUUGUUGGUGAAGAUGCCAUCAAGGACGCCAUUGAAGAUACCAUUGAAGAUGCCGUCGAAGGUGAUGAAGAAGAUAUGGACGUCGACGCCGACGAGCAGGGAGUGCUAAUGAGCGAAGAGCUGGAGGACAUUUACAUGGGUGAUCAUGACUACUUUAAAUGA